AUGAACAGGAGGCUUUUAUUUACCAUCAUCGUUUGCUACUUUGGCUGGAAAAGUUUACGGAAGUUAACGAUCGAUUCUGGUGCAGUUGAAACCAUUUUAUUUGCGGCUGCUUUUUGUUUUUUUUUCUCUCUCUCUCUCUCUCUUUGUGUCUUUUGGAUCAGCAGCCUCGUUUCGAUUACAGGUGCCGCUGCUGUUGUCGACACUACAACAAGGAGCUUCUUACUUCACUGUUUAAUUAUUGGCGUUCAAUUUAGCUUUAUAAAAGUCUGUGGCCCACUGUGGAGGCGGGUCUGCUCAUUGAAGAAAACCUCACAGCCCACAUUUUUGCGGAGACUUGAAAUUGUGGGCCGGGAUUUACUGCGUCAAAAUCUCUUCCUUUCUAUCUAUCUAUCUAUCUAUCUAUCUAUCUAUCUAUCUAUCUAUCUAUCUAUCUAUCUAUCUACUUCAAUUUAUUCUAUCUAUCUAUUUUUCUAUCUAUCUAUCUAUCUAUCUAAUUUAUUCAUAUCUAGCGAGCUAACUCAUUUUUCAUAUCUAUCUAUCUAUCUAUCUAUCUAUCUCUAUCUAUCUAUCUAUCUAUCUAUCUAUCUAUCUAUCUACUUCAAUUUAUUCAUAUCUAGCGAGCUAACUCAUUUUUCAUAUCUAUCUAUCUAUCUAUCUAUCUAUCUAUCUAUCUACUUCAAUUUAUUCAUAUCUAGCGAGCUAACUCAGUUUUUCAUAUCUAUCUAUCUAUCUAUAUACUUCAAUUUAUUCAUAUCUAGCGAGCUAACUCAUUUUCAUAUCUAUCUAUCUAUCUAUCUAUCUAUCUACUUCAAUUUAUUCAUAUCUAGCGAGCUAACUCAGUUUUCAUAUCUAUCUAUCUACUUCAAUUUAUUCAUAUCUAGCGAGCUAACUCAGUUUUCAUAUCUAUCUAUCUAUCUAUCUAUCUAUCUAUCUAUCUAUCUAUCUAUCUAUCUAUCUCAAAUGGAGGUGCUGAAUAGCCUUCUCUAUAACUGUUUCUGUCUUAUAUGCUUUUCUCUUUCUUUCUUUCUUUCUUUCUUUCUUUCUUUCUUUCUUUCUUUUCUUUCUUAUCCUUUUGCAUUCAUUUCAUUCACUGAUAGUUCUUUCUUUUUUCCACAAAUUUACCUACCCUCCUUCCUUCCUUCACACCGUCCUUCCCUCCUUCCUUCCUUGCAUAUAGAGCUUUUAAAACAUACGCUUUCCACUUCCAAACUCUUCAUUCUCUUAUCUUCUAUUUAUUUCCACUUAUUUCUUCUGUACCCUUCUUUCUUUCUUUCUUUCUUCACACUUUUUUUAAAAGAUUGUGACGCCUUUCUAAGCUUUUUUUUUCUUCGUUCUUUUCUUUCUUUCUUUCUUUCUUUCUCAUUUCAUUCCUCUUUUCAGUUUCUUUCUUGCCUGAGUCUUUUUUUUUUAAUUCUGACCCGCUCUGAAACCCCUUCUUUCUUUCUUUCUUUUUUUUUUCAGUUGUGUUGUUUACUUUAA